CUCGUAUCCACACUCAAAGCUUUCGUCUUACUCGUGCUGUGGGCGCUCUUCGUUGCAACCUAUCGCCUCACACUCCAUCCUCUCUCUCGGAUCCCAGGACCACGACUCGCUGCCAUCUCGUCUUGUUGGUAUGCCUACCAUGUGCGCAAUGGACGCAUGCUCCCCCUGGGCAGGUCAAUGCACCGCCGUUAUGGUCCUGUCGUGCGAGUCGCUCCCAACGAGGUGUGGUUCGUCACCAAGGAGGCCUUCCAGAUGAUUUAUAACGAAUUGGGCCGUCAUGCAGUGGCCACGGCUCUGCUCAAACCAAAGCUUGGGAGGGACUUCCGUCUCCAGUCUGCUGAUACGCUGGAUCUUCUGGCCGAGCGUGAUAUGAAGCGCUAUCGUCUACAGAGGAGACUCAUCGGGCCCAUCUACCAUAUCAAUAACGUCAAACAAUACGAGCGCGCUGUUGAUGCCGUGAUGGAACGAGUCAUUGCGCAGCUGCAUGCUCUCCAGGGGACUCAGGUGGACCUCAAGGAGUGGAUGCACAUUAUCGUUGUCGAAUGUCUCGGGGCCGUCAGCCUGUCAUGGUCGCCUGGGUAUCUCAAAGACAGGUCAGAUGGUGCCUCGGGCAAGCACGCGUACAUGGGCUGGAGACGAAAGAGCGUCUUCGGGCUUUUCCCUGCUGCUGUCAUCCUGGAGUCCCUCUCAAAAUCUUUUGGUCGGGCAUUUGCCACCUUCUGGCGCGUGACCUACCACACCCCGAAGGAAGGAUUCAGGCCAUUCUUUCCUGCUGUCCAAAAGAAGAUCUCACAACGAGUGAAGGUGGCCUUGCACGGCCGACCACAGAAGGACGAGCGCAAGGACAUUGUGGCCGAUCUAAUCCAGCUUCACAGGGAUCGGUCCGAGUUCAGCGAGCAAUAUCUCCGACGGAUGGCCAUCACCAACUUUGGCGCAGGACAUGAGACACUGACCUCGACCCUCAUCUCUGCUCUAUCCAUGAUAGGCUCACAUAGUGAGGUUCAGAGACAGGUCGCAGAGGAAGUUCAGUCGGCUUCGCAUACUGUCUCUUAUGACAAUGCAAUUCAGCUGCCAAUCACGCAAGCGAGUAUCAAGGAGUCUCAACGUCUCCACCCUGUCAUUGGGAUGUCUCUACCCAGGAAGGUCUCGCCAGGAGGAGAUGCAAAGAUUCACGGGCUUUCCUUUCCGCCAGGAACCGUGGUUGGCUGCAAUCCCGUCUCUCUCCAUCGCAACCCAGACAUCUUUGGUGCCGAUGCUGAAACAUAUCGCCCAGAUCGCUGGCUGAAGGCGGACCAGAACAAGAAGAAGGAUAUGGACCGGUACAACCUCAUCUAUGGUGGCGGUGCCCGCACCUGUCCAGGAAGACAUCUUGCCGAAAUGCUGGUCUCCAAGAUCGUGCCGACGCUGUUCAAGCAUUUCGAGGUUGAGAUCGUUAUGCCCCCAGAGGAAGAGAUAUCCUACUACUUUAUGGCCAUGUUGACGGGCGUAAAGGCUCGGUUCAUCCCCAGA